CUCACCUACAACAUUUCUUCCUCUGACUUUUGAGACUUUUCUUGGAGAAUUCACACUCCAGAAUAAAAAAAAAACCCAUGAGGAAAAAUUACUGACUUUUAAAAGUAAGGUGGAAAAAAAAGCUUUGGAUUCUUGGUUGUUGGUUAAUCUCAACCUGUAAAAUCAAGAAAAGGUCUUUACUGCUGGAGAUGAGAAAUGGGCUGUGAUGGAUUUUAUGUGUUGUGGGCUCUGCCCAUGCCUUUCCACCCAGCACAAAAGGAACACAACAACUGUGAUGAGACGGGAUGAGAAUUAAAUAUUGGCUGUACAGACAAAAAUCUACGUUGAGCUUAAAACUGAGGAAGAUGAUGAAAUGCAUUUGCUCCGGGGAGCACUUAAGAGUGGAUGAAAUAAUUCCUUCAUCAGAGUCCCUGGCAACUCGGGACUAUUCGGCCAGUGGGUAUUCUUCUCGAGCAGGUGAGACUGACACAAAAGUUGACACCAGCAACAUAGAAGAGGCAGAAUCAUCGCUUCGCGAGAGUGGCUUUUUAAAUUAUGAGGAAGCAAGAGCUUUAUUGGGACGACUUGAGUAUCAAAAGGGGAAUGUGGAAGCUGCUCUUCGGGUUUUUGAAGGAAUCGACAUUGCUGCAGUGGUUCCCAGAAUAAAAAUCACUGUAGUUAGAAGAUGCGAGCUUCCUAGACGUCAUUCUCAAAGUGACAAUACUCCGCCAAUGUCUAUGCACGCAGUGAGUUUACUUGUUGAGGCAAUCUUUCUCAAAGCAAAAUCACUGCAGGCUCUUGGAAGGUAUACAGAAGCUGCUCAAUCAUGCAAAGUAAUACUGGAUACUUUUGAAUCUGCAAUACCAGAUGGCUUACCUGAAAAUUUUGCUUCUGACUGUAAAUUGCUGGAGACGUUAAACAAUGCCGUUGGGUUACUUCCAGACUUAUCCAAACUUGCUUAUGAUCCUCAAGAAGUAAUUUUAGCUUAUAGAAGGGCCCUACUUUAUCAGUGGAAUCUUGACGUGGAAACUAGAACAAAAUUAGAGAAGGAUUUUGCUAUAUUUCUUCUUUACAGUGGUCAUGACGCAAGCCCUCCAAAUCUUCGCUCACAGAUGGAGGGCUCGUUCAUACCAAGAAACAACGUUGAAGAAGCUAUUCUCCUGCUGCUCCUUAUUCUCAAAAAAUUUAUGCUCAAAAGGAUUGGAUGGGACCCGUCAAUUCUGGAUCACCUUGGUUUCGCAUUGUCAAUAGCUGGUGAAUGCACGUCGCUAGCCCACCAGAUUGAAGAGUUACCUCCAGGAAUUGUUGAAAGCAAAGAAAAGUACACGUCUCUAGCCCUGUGUUACCACGCAGAAGGUGAUGAUAUAAUUGCUCUGAAUUUGUUGCGGAACCUUUUGAAUAAUAGAGAGAAUCAUAGCUGCGGGUUUGAGUUAUCACUGGCUUCAAAGAUUUGUGCCGAGGAUUCUAAUUCGCUUGAAGAAGGGAUUGAAUAUAUUCAUAAACUGCUUGCUCAAUCGGAAAAAUGUGAGCAGAGGGCUAGUUUUGCAAAUUACUUACGAGGUCUCUCUCUUUCAGCCCAAUCUGGAGGUGUAGGGUCUGAUGCCCAGAGAAUAUCGAGGCAAUCUGAAGCACUUGAGGCACUUGAAACUGCUCAAAGAAUGACUGAAGGGAAAAAUUCUAGCAUUUUAUUUUCUCUUAGUCUAGAAAAUGCUGAGCAGAGAAAGUUGGAUGCUGCUCUUUAUUAUGCAAAGCAGCUACUGAAACUGGAAGCUGGGUCUAAUGUAAAGACUUGGAUUCUUCUAGCUCGUAUUUUGUCAGCUCAGAAAAGAUAUGUUGACGCUGAAAACAUAAUUGAUGCUGCUCUGGAUGAAGCAGGGAAAUGGGAUCAAGGAGAAUUGCUGAGGAGCAAGGCCAAACUGCAGAUUGUACAGGGCCGUUUGAGGGAUGCAGUUGAAACAUAUACGAAACUUCUUGCCGUUCUUCAAGUCCAGAGAAAGAGUUUUCGAUCUCAGCAAAAGCUCUUAAAAGACAAGCAGAAAGGCAGUACAAAUUUAGAAAUGGAAACAUGGCAUGAUCUAGCAAAUGUGUACACCAGCUUGUCUCAAUGGAGGGAUGCAGAGAUAUGCCUUUCAAAAUCCGAAGCUAUCAAUCCUCAUUCAGCUUCAAGAUUACAUUCUGCAGGUUUACUCUAUGAAGCUAAAGGCCUGCCGAAGGAAGCUCUGAAGUCUUUCGAGAAGGCACUGGACAUUGAACCUAAUCACGUCCCAAGCUUGAUAUCUACUGCUAUUGUUCUCAGACAAAUCAGCAACCAAUCACCUCCAGUUGUAAAAAGCUUUCUGACUGAUGCUUUGCGGCUCGACAGAACUAACUCUACCGCCUGGUACAAUCUCGGCCUGCUCUACAAGAGUGAAAGCAGUGCAUCAGCUCUGGAGGCAGCAGAGUGUUUCGAGGCUGCAGCCAUUCUCCAAGAAUCCGAGCCAGUUGAACCUUUCAGAUGAUGCAUUGCAUGAUCUACAACACAUUUCGUUGUCUUUUUGGUCCAGUAAUUUUCAGUUCUAUAAGUUCACCCCAGAUGACAUUUUGACCAGGACAACUUUGGCUAAUUCUCUACCAAGAUGCAUGUUCACAGAUGCCACUAACGAUAUCACGUCCUUCGUUCUGUUUUCAUAUAUUUGACAAUCAGGGGAGUCCAUCCAAGGUUAGUCUUUAUCACUCAGAAUCUUGAAGUUCUGACAGCUAACUCUAUCCACAUUUGAAACACUAACGAGUCGAUGUUUACUUUGUAACAAUAGAUGUUAGAUACUGAUAGAAA